CCUUAUUCCUUAGCCAAGAGUAUUAUGUGAAAUUAUAAUACGAUUUUAAUAAUUUAUGAAAAUUUUUAACCAAAAAUAAAAUCUGCAAAUAAUAAUGGUUUGGAAGGGUAGAAAUUGUUGACGACUUGACGUUAGCCGACUAAGAAAGAGAAGGGAGAAAGGCUAAAACGGCACCAGCUGAUCUUCUUCCUCCUGCAAUUGCUUAUUCAGGCUUUGAAACCCGCUCAUUUCAAUGCCUCUCCAGCUUCUUCAUGCCUAGCGAAGUCGCAGUAAUUCUACUGGAUUUGAGCUGAGGAUCAUGAAUUUCCUGAUCGGAGCUUUCAAGCCGCCAUGUAACGUUUCAAUCACUUUUGCUGAUGGAAGAACUCGCAAGCAGGUUCCAUUUAAAAAGGAAAAUGGCCAAAAUAUCAUGGUUCCUCUCUUUCAAAGUCAAGAAACCAUUGUUGGAGAGGUUGUUAUAGAACCAGCACAAGGGAAAAAAGUUGAACACACUGGCGUUAAGAUUGAGCUACUUGGUCAGAUAGAAUUGUAUUUUGACCGAGGCAACUUCUACGAUUUUACAUCACUUGUUCGUGAACUUGAUAUUCCUGGUGAAUUAUAUGAAAGAAAAACAUAUUCCUUUGAGUUUUCUACAGUUGAAAUGCCAUAUGAGUCUUACAAUGGUGUCAACGUGAGGCUUAGAUAUAUUUUGAAAGUGACAAUCAGUCGUAAUUAUGUCAACAACAUUGUGGAGUACCAGGAUUUUGUGGUUCGCAACUACUCCGCACUUCCAUCAAUAAAUAAUAGCAUUAAGAUGGAAGUUGGAAUUGAGGAUUGCCUUCAUAUUGAGUUUGAAUACAGUAAAAGCAAGUACCAUUUGAAAGAUGUCAUCAUUGGAAAAAUAUAUUUUCUUCUGGUGAGAAUUAAGAUUAAAAAUAUGGAGCUUGAGAUCAGGCGUCGUGAGUCGACAGGAUCAGGGCCUAAUACAUAUGUUGAGACGGAGACCCUAGCAAAAUUUGAGUUGAUGGAUGGUGCUCCUGUUAGAGGUGAAUCAAUUCCAAUCAGGCUGUUCCUAAGUCCAUAUGAGUUGACACCCACAUAUCGUAACAUCAACAACAAAUUCAGUGUGAAGUAUUUCUUGAAUCUUGUUCUAGUUGAUGAAGAGGAUAGAAGGUAUUUUAAGCAGCAAGAGAUCACAGUUUAUCGGCUUCUUGAAAAUUCUUGAUUUUUUGUCACGAGUUGGGAGUAUUCAACAUGAGAAACUGGGGCAGCAUGUUGGCGAUGUCAUUUGAAGCAUUUGUUUGCUUUCUUGACAGACUUCAGCUUGGCGUUUAUGGAGAAUUUUUUGUGAUAUUUGCACGGAGUUUGUCAAAUGACAUACUAUUUAUUUUUUUAUUAUUUUAUUAUUUUGGUUUUAGUGAAACCUUUAAAAUGACAAAUCAUAAAUCGUUUAGAUUUCUUAACGUUUGAUUUUGAUUUUGUGAAAAUAUUUGUAUCAAUUUGGUUCAUUGUCAUUUCUUUC